AUGAAAUAUGCUAAAAAACUUGAAAAAGAUUUAAUAUCAGAGUGGAGUGAAAAGUAUGUUAAUUAUAAAAAAGCAAAAAAACUUGUAACAAGGAUUGCAAAAAAAAAAGAUCUAGGGAAAGCAGAUUAUGAGCAUUCACAUGAAAAACAAUUUACAGAUAAUUCAUUGGAAAAUCAAAAUUUAAAUGCUUUUUUAAACAAUAAUAUAAAUUAUGAUAAUUCAAAUAAUAAUUUCUUAAAAAAAAUAACCGAUCCAACAGAAUUAGUUCUAGAAGUAGACCCUGAAGCUGAUAUCAUUAAUAAAGAAAAAUCAGAUGAAAAUAAUAAGGAAAUUUCCCAGGACUCUCUUUCGCAAAAAUUGUCUGCUAAUGUUUCUGAUCUUACAAAUACAUCAUGUUUUUCAAAUUCUUAUACUCAAUAUAUACCUAGUUACAAAAAAACUCCUCUUAACGAUAUAAAUUCAGAAUUAUACUCCAAAUCACUUAAUAACAACUAUGAAAUAUCUCAGUUUUUUAUAUUUUUAAAUAAAGAACUUCGAAAAGUAGAUAAUUUUUAUAGAGAAAAAGAAAAAAAAGCAGAGCUGCGUUUACAGCAAAUUAAAGAGCAAUUAUAUGAAAUGGAUAAUAGACAUAAAAAUAAGAUACAUAUUAAUUCAAAAAAAAAGUAUUCACUUUUAAACUGGGAAAAUAGUUUUAUAACGCCAUUGCAUAAAAUUGUUACACUUUUUAAAUUAAAAAAGAAAUGUGAUGUUGACUAUCAAGAAUACCAAGUUUCUGAAAGUAUUACUUAUAAAGCUGCUAAAAAACGUCUCAAAACAGCUAUUAUUGAUUUUUAUCAUGAGGCAGAGCUUUUAAAAAGCUAUCGUAUAAUGAAUAUAGAAGCUUUUAGAAAAGCUUUAAAAAAAAUAACUAAAAUUACAGGCACCAAUUAUUUAAAAUUUUAUAUGCCUAAAGUUACUAAAAGUCAUUUUGGAUCUAGCAAAAUCAAUGAUAAUUUAAUAACGGAAGCAGAGGAUGUUUUUGCAUAUUAUUUUGAGAAAAAUGACAGAAAGAAUGCUAUAAAAAAACUUCGAACUAAACAAAAAACAACAGUAUACAUAUUUUUUUAUUUAAAUAUUACUACUAAUAACAAAAAGGAUCAUUCCUCCUCUUUACUUUGUGCUGGUUUAUAUCUUGGGAUUUCACUACCUCUAUUUAUAGAAGGAUUAGUAUAUGCAAAUAAAACAUUAAUUAAUGACUUUUCCUUAACAGUAAUAUAUCUUAUUGAAAUAUGGAAUGUUUUUUUUCUUAUAUUAUUAUUUUUGUUACUUUUUGGUCUUAAUUGUUAUAUAUGGACAAAAUCAAAAAUAAAUUACGCCUUUAUUUUUGAAUUUGAUACGAGUCAUAAUUUAAAUUGGAAACAAUAUUUGGAAAUACCAUCUGUCAUUUUUCUGUUAUUUUCGUUAUUUUUUUGGCUUACUUUUAAAAAUUUAUGGCAGCCUUUCGUCAAUUAUUAUCCACUAUUUUUUAUUAUAAUAACAACUAUAAUAUUAUUAAACCCGUUACCAUAUUUUUAUAGAGAAUCACGCAAAUGGUUUAUUAUUUCAAAUCUUCGUUUGUUUUUUUCUGGAUUAUGUUCUGUUGAAUUUCGUGAUUUUUUUAUGGGUGAUCAAUAUAAUAGUUUAGUAUAUUUAUUUUUCUGUUUUUAUAAUUAUCAUUUUAAAAAUCUAAUUCAAUGUGAUAUAUCACAUUUUAAAUUAAUGGGAUUUCUUCAGACAAUUCCAGGGAUUUUUCGUUUUUUACAAUGUUUAAGAAGAUACUAUGACUCUAGACAUGUAUUUCCACAUCUUAUCAAUGCAGGAAAAUACGCAUGUGCAGUCUUAACAUAUACUUUUUUUUCUAUUUGGAAAAUAAAUAGUCAUUCAAAAUGGAAAAUCAUAUAUAUUACUUUCGCUUCAAUAAAUUCUAUUUAUACUAGUUUCUGGGAUUUAUUUAUAGAUUUUUCACUUAUGCAGCUAUACGCAGAGCGUCCACUUCUGAGGAAUAAUUUAAUAUUUAAGCAUUAUUGGGUUUAUUACUUAAUAAUAGUUUUUGAUCCAAUAUUAAGAUUUUCAUGGGUACUAUAUUUCAUUUUUAUCAAAAAUAUUCAAUAUUUACAUCUCAUUACGUUUAUUAUCGCUGUAAUUGAGGUUUUUCGAAGAUUCUUAUGGAAUAUAUUUAGAGUUGAAAAUGAACAUUCAACUAAUGUUUUAUAUUUUAGAGUUAGUCGUAAUAUACCAUUACCUUAUACGUUUUCUACUUUAGAAAACAAAGAUCAAGAAAUUGUUGUGGAAAAUAACAUAGGAUCAAAGAAAAAAUAUUCAAAACGUCCUUUUUUCAACAACAUUGCGAUUUCAUUAUUUCAACUAAAACAUCGUGAAGAUUUUACACAUAGGAAACCUAAUUACUUAAAUAACAAAAAGAAUCUUAAUGAAAUUAACAAUGAUAGAAAUAUUUUUACUUUUCUAAACGGUUUAAAAAAUAAAAGAUAUUCAUCAUAA